AUGGAAGCGCUGAGGCUGUCCACAGCCCGAUGGAGGACCUAUUGGCUAGCUGCAGUGCUGUGUUGCGGCGGUGCAUUAUUCGGAUAUGAUUCAGGUGUCAUUGGUGGCGUCCUCACCUUCAAGUCCUUCCAGGACUCCUUCGACUUUACAGCCGCCCAAAAGACCCGGGUAAGCUCAAUCGCAGUCGGCAUCCAACAAGCCGGCGCACUAGCCGGAUGUUUCCUCGUCUGGCCCGUGACAAACCGGUAUGGACGACGUAUCGCCAUGAUGCUCUGCUCCCUGGUCUUCUGCCUUGGUGUCGUCCUCGAAGUUAUCGACACGCACUCGCUCCCGGCAUUCUAUGUCGGGCGAGUAAUCUGCGGUCUGGGGAUCGGUGGCUCUGCAACUAUCAUCCCGAUUUACAUGUCCGAGAUGAGUCCCAAGGAGAUUCGAGGUCAACUUGGUAGUUGCUACCAAUUGACGUACACCAUCGGUAUCCUGAUCUCCUACUGGAUCGACUACGGUGUCAAAGCCAUGCCCAGCAGUGCAAGUCAAUGGCAGAUACCUAUUGGACUGCAGCUUGUCCCAGGGGCAAUGAUGGGUCUGGGAAUGUUUACACUCGACGAGAGUGUUCGUUGGUUAUUAGCCCACGGCAAGACGGCCGAGGCCUGGCGCAGCUUGGUCUGGAUCCGGGCCGGUGAUGGCUCAGCCGUGAGCGAGGAAUUCGACGAGAUGCGCCGUGGCCUGGAAGAAGAGCGCCACGCGACAGCUGGUUUCCGUCCUCGCGAGCUCCUCGAGUGGCCGAACCUGCACCGACUGCUCAUUGGUGGUGGACUCUUUCUGUCGCAGCAGUCGACCGGCUCAACGGCGCUGGCGUAUUUCGGGCCACAGUUCUUCUCGCUUCUUGUCGGGCCGGGCGACAAGAAUCUCUUGUUGACCGGUAUCUUUGGCGCGAUCAAGGUGGUUGCUUGUCUCACCUUUGUGAUCUUCGUGUCCGACCGGUUCGGGCGUCGCCCGUUGUUGGCCAGCGGGGCUGCCUUUAUGGCCGCUUGCAUGCUUGCCACUGCGGCCGUCGUCAAAGAGUACCCGCCACAUGAUGGAGUCGUCUCAUCCGCAGGUAUCGCUACCGUAGCCUUGAUAUACCUCGACAUCAUCGCGUACAAUUUCAGCUGGGGCCCUCUGCCCUGGCCAUGUACGAGCGAGAUUUUCCCCACCCGCAUCCGCGAGCCUGGUGUUGCGUUUGGCGUGGGAUCUCAAUGGCUGUUUAAUUUUAUCUGGAGCUUUGCCACACCUUACAUCAUGGCUGGUAUUGGGUGGGCGACAUUCCUGCUGUUUGGGCUUUUGGAUAUUUUGAUUGUGGCGUUUACGUUCUUCUGUCUUAAGGAGACGGCUGGAAAGACGCUUGAGGAGAUUAAUGAGAUGUUUGAUGGCAUUGAUCAUGAUGCUGAACAUGGGUGGAAGGGUGGUUCAUUUGAUCCUGAGACAGAGGAUCAUGACAGCCAUGUACAGGAUGGACCAGGUCAAUACUCGACGCGUGUGGAAACUGUGGAAUCAGACCAGGACAAGAAUCGCGCUAUGCAUAAUGAGGAGUCAGCCGCUGGGCGGGCUUGA